UUUGGGACUUCGUUGCGAGACGAUCGUCAAAUAGAACGCGCGCGUCUCGAAGAAAAGCUAAAAAGUGAAACAAAUAAAAAAGUGUAUAGUGUGAACAUUUGGACCGCAGUUAAAGCGUUAUUAAUAUUAAUUAUUAAUAAUUAUUCAAUAAAGUUUGAGCUUCAUUUGUUUUUGACUUUUACUUUUCUAACAACAAUUUGUGAAAUAUUUUUAUUGCUUGCACACGGCGCAUUAAGCUAAUUAAAAUACACUUAAAAGAAAUAAACCAAGUGGGAAGUGAAAAAGAAAACUGUAAAAUAAUUAACAAAAAUUUUCCAAAUUUUUAAAUAAAUGAAUUAAAUACACAUCGUUUGGACACACGCUGGCAAAGCAAGACUGUUUUUAAAUUUGAGCACAGCCACCGAGAAAUCAAUCAAAAGUAGGGCAAAUAUAAAUAUUACGCAUACGCCACCGUUGCCGACACCGAUUCCCUGUUUGCUCUUGUUAUCUCUCUCUCUCCCACUUUCGCUCUUUCUUUUAUCAAUAUUGAAUGAGCCCAAUGAGCGGACUACGUCAGCAGCUGAAGAUGCUGGGAACAGCGCUGCUGGGCAAACGUGCUACAAAGCCCGUUAAAAAGAAACCCUUUACAGAUGUCGAAAUUAAUGACCUACGCACAGCAUUCGAUCUGUUGGAUAGAAAUCGGGAUGGAAGAGUCACGGCAAACGAGUUGCAGUUCAUGCUCAAGAAUCUGGGCAUAAAUGUGCGUGAUGAAAUUAUUCAUGAUCUUAUACGUGAGGCGAGCCAUUCAGGAAACGGUUUAAUCAACGAGGCCGAGUUUCUGCAGUGGGUUGGCAGAAUCCAGGCGCUGCGGGACGAUCAACAGCACGACGAGAACUCCAGCAAUGCCAGCAAGCCGGUAGAUGAGGCCGACGAUGUCACCGAGGACUUGAUAGCUGCAUUUAGGGUAUUUGAUCGUGAUGGCAACGGGUUUAUUACGCGAGAUGAGCUGCAAACCGCUAUGGAAAUGAUUGGAGAGCCGUUGAACGAGGCGCAGCUGGAGCAGCUGCUCGCAAUUGCCGACUUGGAUCAAGAUGGGCGAAUUAAUUACGAGGAGUUUACGAGACUUUUGCUGUAAGCGAACAACUGGCCGCAAUUACAGAUGCAUGGCAAGAGCUUAACAAAUGAAGCCUAAUUAUAAAGCGAUUGCUAACAUACUCAGACAGAAUUCAUAAAUGUUUCACAAAAAAAUAUAUAAAUCUAAUUAUAUAUACUAAGAACCUGAGAGAAAUUGUAAGAAGCACCAGCACACACACACACAUAAAAAUCUAACUUUGAUUUGAUCCUCAACAAGUUUCCAAUUUUCCCUUUGAAUAUUCACUUGGACAUGCACACACACACACACACACACACACACACACACACACACACAUACAGCCACAGGCGAACCCUAGUUUCUAAAUCAUUUGUAAAAACGCCAAUUUUUAAUAUUCAUGUUUUGUACAACCUUAGUUAAGAGAAAAUUUGUGUGUUUUUGAUGCAGAAUAAAAAUUAAUUUAUUAAUAACAUUAUGUAAUACAUCAUUACAUACACAUACACACAUACACAUACACACACACAUAUAUAUAUGCAAAUUCGGAUAAGUCUGAGAGCGUGAGUGAUAUUGUGUUUAGGGUGCUGCAUCGACAAAAAACAAAGCAUGUUAAGCAUUGUUAAAAUUUAACAAUUGCAUAUAUAUAUAUAUUUGAAUAAAGAUUUCAUCUGUUUGUGUCUUAAAUAAGUUGAAAUGCUUUAUGUGUGUUUUAAGCAGCAACAAAGCCACAAAAAGUUUAAAAGUUGUUAGCUUAAGCGAUAUAAAAUUAAAAAAUUUACAAUAUAAAUAAGAAAUAUUGAGAAAAAAAAAAAACCUUGUAUCAAUUUCAAUUUGUAUGCUAUAUAAAAAAAAUCCCUAAUGGGAAUCCAAUGAACGUAAUAUAUUAAAUGUCUAGAUACGUAAUUGUUUACCUAUUUCAAUUUAUGAAUAUAUACAAAAACAAUAAUGAAAAUUAUUAAAGCUCUUAAUUAUAAAGCAAACAA